AUGAGAAAAGAUCAUCUUUUGGCUCGGCGGUCUUGGCGCCAAUGUGCAAUGAUAGGCGUUGGUGUUUGCAGCCGCCGUUUUUUUUUUUUCAAAUAGUUCAAUUUCGACAAAUCAAUAAACUAGCGUCAUUUUUCUUACUUCGUUAUUGAUUGCUCGUUUUACAUUUUCGUUUCAUUUUUUUUUCUCCUGGUGAGAUAAAUGUUUUUUCCUGCCCUGAUGAAAUGGACUUCCUGGAAUCAAAAGCGUUUUUUUUUCUUGCAAGUCUCAACAAUCAGAAUAAGGGUACUUUUUAAGUUUCGAAGAACCUAUUUUUUUAUUCGAUGUGCUGAUAACUGAUUUUUCCUGUUUUUCUUUCGCCGUUGUACUAUCUUUACUGUUUUUGUGAAAAACUGACUUUUCAGGUAAUUUUUUCGUCGAGUCCGUUGAAGAAAAGAUGACAGAACCGAGCCGCGAUCAACUAAACCAACUUUCGAUGUCGUGGAUGAUUUAUUCGAAAGUGGAAGGUCAAGAAAAAAACUUCUGAUAAAGGUGGGCUAUAAAAAAACAAGAUUUGAGAAAUUUUUUUUCUCUGUUAUCAUGAACGAUCCAAAAAUAAAACAAAUGAAUUUCAGACUGGAAAGAAAGGCGAAAAUGGGAAGAAGAGCCCGUGGCUUUUGAUUCAAGCACCGGGGAGCAAGAAACGAAAACGCAAAAAUCGUGCGGAUUCGCGAACUUAGGAGGCGAAAGCGGAACAGAGGAAAAAAACAGUCACGGUAAGAAUUGAUUAUAUUAUCGAUGUUACGAGCAGUUUAAUAAUAUUUAGAAAGUAAAAAAGAUUUUUUUAAAACUUGGCACAGGAGCGGUGUACCAAAAAAAUUACACAGGAACCUUUUGUCAUCAAAAAAAUGAUGUGAAUAACUUCAGUGCAUACUUAGAACCUUUGAGUUUUCUAAUAAAAAAAUGAUAAAGUUCACCAGCAUGUCGCAUUUUCUUGUGUAUUUUUUCCAUUUUCCUUUUAUAAUAUCAAAGCUUUUUCAUUUUCAGUUACUGCAGUCAGUAUAGCAGCCGAAGCUGUCCCGAAUGGUCAAGAAGAAAAAGCUUACGUCUUGAAAACAGAAGAAGCUGGAGCUGAAGAUCCGACUCCGACAAAGAAGCUGCGCCGAACGAAAAGGACUAGGAGCGGCCUCCCUGAACAAGUAAAUUAUAUAACUUUAUUAAAUUCCAUUCGUCACGAAUUGAAAAAUUCUGACCUGUCUGUGUCUUUUUUCUCUUAUUGGAGAGGUUAUAGAAACAUGAAAAUAGCCCGGAAAAUUGAGAGUGUUUUUCUGAGUAGUUGUUCUACUCGACGACGCUCUCAUUUUGACGUGCUAUUUUCAUGUUUCUCUGACCUCGCCGUUGAGAAGAAAGAGGGCGCAGAGAAGUCAGACUGUUUCAAGGCGGAACGCAUUUGGAAUGGCAAAUUGAAGAUUAUUUUUAUUUAGCAGCACGCCCUAAUAUAUAGCCGAUUCACGGCUAACUUGGGACGCAAAAAGGCCUGACCGGUCUUCACCGACCAGACACUGUCUCUUUUUUAUCGUGUCAGGACCCUUUUUUCGAUGGCUUAAGCCAGUCGUGAAUCAGCGAUAAAAUGUUUUUUGGCUCGAAAGGCGAUAAUGGCUAUUUUAGUAGUAGCUUUUGGCGGGAAAUUUGAGGUCAAACGCAACCGAAAAUAAAAAAAACUUGACUCUCAGAAAAAAAAACAAAAUGAGAAAGUCGCAAAGAAACGAGGAGAGCGCAGAGAAAAACAGACCAUAGCCGCAUUUUUUCGGAAAACUAUCAAAAAAACAUAAAAUGAAAAAAAUUGAUCUCAGGUUUCCCGCCAAAAAGCCGCGUUAAAUAAUCCUUGCCGUCUUUCAAGUCUGGAAAAAUGGACUAUUUUCGUUUUUUUUUUUAUUGUUUCCUUCCCCCACAGGGAAUUAUCUGACCUGUCUGCGUUUUUUUUCUCACCGGCGAGGUUGUAGAAACGUGAAAAUAUAGUCUGUUCAGAUUUUCAAUGUCAAGUCAUCACUCAAACUCCGCCCCUCAUGCGUAGAUCAAACCAAUCAAAAAGCGGCCAUCAACAGAGCGUUGUUGGCGGCGGAGUUUACUGCUUGACAUUCAAAAUCUGAACAGACUAUAGCUAGUAAAAAAAGAAGUUUCGCAGACAAGGAAGGUCAUUUUACUUUGCCGUUGGGAUUUUUUUGAAAAUUGGCAAAACACUUACUUUCGUACGAGAAUAAGAUUCUGAAAGUCUAAACCUGCACAACUUUCUCGUUUUUGGGAAAUUAGGCCUCCGAGUCCCAAACUGGUCUAUUGUUACGGCUUCUGAGUGUUUUCUCAUACACUGCUAAAGUCAGAAGAGCGGAAAACGGGUACAAAAAGGAAGUGACUGCAAAAUAGCCGCUAAAAGGAUCCUUUUUACGGCCUUUAUUGAGCUUUUCAUUCUUGAUCGGCUAAAAAGAGUCAUAAUAGGGCGAAAAAAGAGAGAGGCCGCAAAAAGGGCUCGGAAAGUCUCUGCUAUUGAUGAUUUCCGAUUUUAUUACUGUAGCAUAUUUUGGUUCAAACACAGUCACUUGUAAAGAUUUUUCCUAAUUAAAAAAAAAUUUCUCAAAAGGAUCCAAAAAGGGUGGAUAAAGGCCGAUGAAAGGACGGAAAAAGGCCGUAAAAAGGAAACCGUUGCCACCCGUUUAGGAACAAUUAAUGGGAAAGGACUGAUCCAUAACGGACGCUCAAAGGGCCCGUGAAGGGUCCUUCCGGCUUUGCCUAUGUAGGUAAAGUCGGAAAGCGUGGAAAAAGGCUCCAUGGAAAUGUUCUUUUCAGGGUGACAAAGGCUCCUUUUUGCUGCCUUUUUGCGCCAUUUUCUCGGCCCUUAUGCAGACUUUUUGCUGUCUCUCCUUUUUCCACCAUUUCUCGAGCCUUUGAAAUCCAAGGAAAAUAGAAGGCUCGAUAAAGGGACACUUUUUGCUGCCUUUUUGCGGCCUUUCUGCGGCCUUUUUUGAGCCUCUCCCUUUUAGCGCCCAUUAUCCACCAUUCCGACAUUUUCCGUAUGAGGUGUCCUUUCUCGAAAACUAGGAAGUUGUGCAGGUUGAGACUUUCAGAACCUUUUGCUGGUACUUCAAGAAGUGUUCUGACCAAUUUUCAGGAAAUUCCCAACCGCAAAGUAAAAUGACCUUCGUGGUAAGAAAAAAGAGGGCGCAGAGAAAUCAGACUGUUUUAAGCUUUAGCGAAUAUGCUAUAAAUGUGAAAAAAAUGUUCAUCUAUAUUUUCUACCCCAUGAUCUUGUGCUGUUCCGAAACUUUGCUUUUCGAAUUUUUCUGCUUGUACCUUUUUUGCGUAUUUCUGUUGUUCGUUAUAUUUUUGCUGAUUUGUAACUUCCGUGAUAAAACAUUUUACUUAUCUUUGAUACUUAUUUGCAAUUCAAGAAAUUGAGAAGAAUGUAAAGAAGUCAGAAAAGAAACGAAAAAAACGGGGUUUUGGUCGCAACUAUCUUGUGAGGAAUUCUAUCUCUCUGAAACUUUUUGGAGUAGUGAAGACUGUUUUUUUAACACUUCUAAUAGGAAAAAGAUUUUUAUGUGAAAUGCGAGUCAAUAGACGUUUUUCACCAUGCGUAACUCAAAUCAGUUUCUCAAAUCAGCCCCAGUUUUCAAUAAAAAAUGUCAUCACUAAAGUUCGGUGUUAUCUACCAAAUUAUCUACUCGACUACGUUUUCUUCUUUAGAGCUCCACCCAACACUCCUUUUGCAUUUUUCUACAUGGACGAACUUAGCAAAGCGACGACGUCAAAAAUAAAUGAGGAAGAGAGGAAAAAUUAUGAGUUGAUCUUUCAAUCAACAGGUUAUUGUACAGCUAUCUCUCGUGUAGUUUUUCGUGAACUCAGAUUGAUAUUGAAUUAAUUCAGGACUUUCUUAUUUUUCUCCUCCGUCCUUCAUUCAACUUUUUGUAAUUAUUUUACUGUUGUCUUUUUCAUGUACUCAAGUCUAUCAAAAUGCCUUUUUUGUUAUUUUUACGUCCCAUACUUCCAUCGCUUUUCAUAUAAAACUCGUAAUAUUUAUAUCGCAUAGCGGCAAAAUAAGAAAGUGGUCGCGAUUUUCGAUGGAUGACGUAGUUCGAGAUCUGGCGGAUCAAUAAGACCAGAAGCUUCGCUCACAUUGCGCAACACAGUUACCGGGCUAAUACGCCAGAUGACAUGGUAAUUAAUACUAUUGCCGUUCAUAGGAAAGAUGGUGUUUAAUAUAACUGAGGGAUUUGCUUUUCCGAAUGGAUCUGAAUAAAACCAGGAAGACAGCCCCGAGAUCAAUUCAAGAAAGUGGAUGUUGAGAGAAUGUUCUUCAACCGUUUUGCAAAAUAAUCUGAAGAUUUUAUUUGAUCGGCUCAUCCGACUAGUAGUUUUCUCACAGCAGACGAUCGACUUCAAUUUUAUCUUUCGACCUUCUCCUAGGAGUUUGAUCUUUUUAUCACUAAUUCUCUGGGAAAACGCCGCGAUCCAUUGAACAAAGCGGCUGCUGCGUUUUUUACACUUUGGAGCUGAUGUUCGCCCACUCCUGGGGUUCGUUUUCGAGAAAAGUUCAGUUCAGUGGGAGAUCUGGCUGGUCAAAACUUGAGAAUCUAGGAAGAUUCUCCCGUUUUUCAUUUUUCAAUAGAACAAUCGUUUAUUACACUUUUCUUUAAUUGGUUACAUUACCGUUUGACACAUUUUUCUUGACCCUAUAAACUUGAUUUUUCCAUGUUUUUUUUUUUGCGAAGCUCUUGCAUUGCAGUUCUUGUGAAUAAGCGUAAAAAAAAUUCUUUAAAUUUUUCCAACUUUUUUGUGAUUUUAUUUCUCUUUUUUUACUUUAGAGAUUAGCCGUCUUUACCAUGAUUGAAAUUUUUCAAGUCUUGCAAGCCUGGCAUUUUUCCAUUAUAUGAUCAGCCAUUAUUUGACGCCCGAUAAUUGAGAAAUUUUUUUAUUUCAAUCAGAGCAACAGAAUAUUCGAUUUUUUUCAGUGAUCUCAUUUUUUUCAUGAGGCUGGUCGCACGCGAGUGGUCCUGAAAAAAAUGAGUGAGUUUUUCAUUAAUUAUCAGUUCUUCCAAAUUUCGAUUAUUAUUUUUCAGGUUCGUUCAACCUUGGAUAGUUGGCCUAGGUUUUUUUAAUCUUUUUCUUUUUAUUAGGAAAUCAGUUUUUCAAAUUUUUUUGCAGUUUUUCACUCUUUUUUUCAGUCGCCUAUCAUAUAUGUAGGCAGUUUCUUUUUACCUGGGAGCAUGGUUUAUCAACUAUCCCCAGGCCUCUAAAAAUUUUUUUCAACUUCUAUCUGAAUAGCUACUUUUCGAAGUAAUUUGAAUUUUUUUCAAAUAAGCUUCUGACAAAUAUUUUUUUAAUCUGGGACCACGGCAAAAUGGAAAGUUGCGGCAGAAUUUUAUGUGAGUUUUUCAUUUUUUUCAUUUUUUUUCUGCUAUUUUUCUAGAAGCCAUUGAAGAAAUUCUCUCAAUAAAACAUUUUUUUUCAGAAAGGAAUAUAUUGUCGUAUUUCGGAUCAUGGUGAGAACUGCGUUCUACACACCUCGAUUGAUGGAAAGCGAGCCUUUUCCGGGAUUUGAAGUCAAGAAAUUAUGCCGGUUUAUGAUAAAGAACAAAAAGGUGUGCAAAACUAAAUUUUUUUUUGCUUUUUUUAUAGCCUAGUAAAAGUCUGAAUGACUCAAAGUAAUACUGGAAAUUGAUAUUUGCUUUGGGCUUCUGAGGGAUUUUUUUUUGGUUUGACUGAUUUAGCCAGUUUUUCAAAAUGACUAACGAAAUAUUCGGAGAAAUGUCUAAUGAAGUUCUUUUCCUAAGAAACUUUUUUCCUGUAUCUUCUGAUUUCACUGUUAUUAGCAGAUUUGUAUAAUGCCGAUUUUCCAUGGUCUUGAUUUUCAAUCUUUUCUUUUCAGGGAAAACGAGCUUGAGGAGUUUAGCGAACGGUACAAUAACGGUGAGAAAUGAAGAAUCUGCAAGAACGAAGCAUUUUGAAUGCACAAAAAGCACACAUCUUUUGAAUAAACAUUUUGCAACAAGAUUUCGAGAUUCACAAGUAAAUGACAGGAACUGUUUCAACUGCAUCUUGCAUUUGCGUUCAGUUUUUCCGGAAUCGAAAAAAGCAUGUAAACGAUGUCAAGGCUUUGAAAGAAGUUGAAGCGUUUUUCAGAAGAGAGUCGAAUGUAAUUUUUGUUCGUUUUGAAGGUUGUUCUUUGUUUCGAAAGUUCUCCGGGCUCUCAGUCGAUAGUUAUAUUAUUUUGGCGGGGUAAUCAGAAGAAUUGGAUCGAGUACCCUUCUUUUGAGCAGUUUACCGUCUGCUUCACGUCUGCCGCGGAACAUUCUGGGGUCGUCUGAUUAGGGGUCCUCCAUCUCUCGACGGCGUUCUUUGUAGUCAAGUAGGUGUUUUGCCGCGAGUCGAAAGUCGUCCCACUGUAUUUUCUUUCCGCAUUUUCGCCUGUUUUCAAAAAGUUCAAUAUUUGUUUAGUUUCAUGGCUUUUCCGUGGUUUUCGUUCAAUUUUUUGUGUUCUCCUAGAAGUUUCAUGUAACAGAAAAGCAUACAUAACAAUUGUUAUAAAAAAACCGGAUCGUCGAAAAUCUUGUAGAAAAAAAUUUUUCACUUAAAUAUUAGAAAAAAAUCUAAUGUAAUUUUUUUUGCGCGUCGUUUUUGGCGCCGCUGUGCAAUAAUGGGCGUCGGUAUAAGCAGACUUUUUUUGUAAAACAUUUCGUUUCGAUCGAUCACAAAGAUUUGUGUUCUUUUUUGUUUUGUUUAUAAAUGCUCUUUUUUAUCACUCCGAACAAAUUCGCUUUGCCAAAAUUUCGACUAAUCUAUUUCUUACUACGAUUUGCUGGUAUCUGUAUUUUUCGGUUUUCUUUCUGCCGUCGCACUGUUUUUAUUUUACUCAAAAAAUAUUGACGUGAUGAUUUGCAGGUGAAAAAAAGCUGGACGUCGAGAAGUAA